AUGAGACACCCUUCUUCUUCUCUGUCUCUGUCUCUGUCUCUCUCUCUCUCUCCAAAGAAUUCCAAUUUUUUUGCUUACCGAUUCCCUGUCUCGCCGCCUCCACUCCUACUCUCUCUUAGAACCCCACACAACAGAGUCCCUUGCUCCAUUAGGUCUUUCAAGCUGGCGAUCGAUAAUCAAGACACCACUGUGAGGGAAAUCAAACCGAAAAGCAGGAGAAUCAUGGGUGCUGGUGGUCCUGAAGAUGAGGACAACAGAUGGCCGCCAUGGCUGAAGCCUCUGCUGAAAGAGAGAUUCUUUGUUCAAUGCAAGGUGCACGCUGAUUCUCACAAGAGCGAAUGCAAUAUGUAUUGCCUGGAUUGCAUGAAUGGUGCUCUCUGCUCUCUCUGCCUUCACCACCACAAGGAUCAUCGUGCUAUUCAGAUAAGGAGGUCUUCAUACCAUGAUGUGAUAAGGGUGAAUGAGAUACAAAAGGUGCUGGACAUAUCUGGAGUCCAAACCUAUGUGAUCAACAGUGCCAGGGUUGUGUUUCUGAAUGAGAGGCCUCAGCCUCGGCCGGGUAAAGGCGUCACCAAUACCUGUGAAGUCUGCGAGCGCAGCCUCCUUGAUUCCUUCCGCUUCUGCUCUCUUGGUUGCAAGAUUGUUGGGACAUCAAAGAACUUCCAAAGGAAGAAAAAGCAUCAGCUGGCAAUGGUAUCGGAUUCGGAAGACUCAUUCAGCAGCAGCAGCCACGGACGGCAGAAGAGCAGCAGCCACAACAGCCGUAAAGAUCAAAGCUUCUCUCCAUCAACACCACCCCCAACUGCCACUAGUUUCCGGACGAUCAAGCGAAGAAAGGGUAUUCCACACCGUGCUCCCAUGGGAGGACUAGUCAUAGAAUACUAUUGAAUAGUAGCUUCUAGUUUAUGAUGCCUAUCAUCACUACAUAUACAAUGUAGAAAAAGUUCUCACAGGAUACCCCGACUGGCAUGAGAACAUAGCCACCUUACUUGUGUACAUAGAAGCAGCAAUAGAAGUUGAAAAGUUGGGGGUAGAAAUUAAAAUAAAUGAAAAAAAAAAAAAAAAAACAAGACUGGAUUGCAAAUAAGCUUUUCUUUAGCUAUGAAGACAAUAGGGUUGCUACUAGAGUGGUUGGUUAUACAUAAGUCUUGGAUUAGUUAUGGGGCAAAAAUGUAUAUAUGGGUUUAGUGUUUUUUUUUUUCUUAUGGUUUUGUUAGUGAAAAGUCUAUGUACUCCCUGGAAAAGGGAGGGGAUGUUAAUAUUUAAUAAUGGGAAUGAUAGAUUUUCUUCUUAUUAUGAAUAUAUGCAUAUAUGCUCUUCUU